AUGGCUACACAUCAGGCAAUGUAUCGGUUCUUUUUAGUCAGCGCCACGCUACCGCUCGGAAAUUCGUUGAGCAGAGAAUUAGAGAGUCCUUCUGAUUUUGAAUUCCAAAGAGAAUGCGCUGGAUAUGACGAGGAAUGGGCUCGAUGCCCCGAUCUCGGUGACUGUGCUGGAUCAUGCGUGCCUCGAGAUUGCCAGUUUUCUCCAUGGCAGGACUGGUAUAGCAGCGGGGGUUGUACUGGGCUGCGCUAUCGAAGAAGAUAUGUAAAUCUUCCCAACAAUGAAUGUGGAUAUCCUUGUAUUGGGCCGACGGUGGAAUCUGAGCGACAACGUAGUGGGACAGUGGAUUGCGAAGAGCUGUUUGAUUGUAGCCUUUCUGCUUGGUCCUCUUGGACUAGUUGCAAUUCCAGUCUUGACCAGUCCAUCAGGCAUCGGAUAAUUGAGGAACCAGCAAGCCCAGAUGGGAAUCCUUGCAGUGGACCUUUGAAUGAGACCAAGGCUUGCUUUGAGGACAAUGCUCCCGAAAGCUGCCUGUGGACUUUAUGGAGCCAAUGGGGAAGGUGUAGCUUCUCAUGCGGAGAUGGUCGACGCACGAGGAUGCGUCGAAUUCAGGCAGAAUCAGAUCCAGGUGGCCUACCAUGCUGGGGAGCUUCCCUGGAAAAUGGAGCUUGCAACAAUGGUGAUUGCGCACCAACAGAUUGCAGGCUAAAUCCAUGGUCUCCAUGGUCUGAGUGUGAGGCUCUGAACACGCAGCGCUACCGACGCCGUAGUGUCGAAAUUGCACCCAGCAACGGAGGACGUGCCUGCGACCUGUACUUGAUCAUGACAGUGGCUUGCUCUGCGCCCAGCACUGAAGGAGAAGAGUGCGAGAUUGGCCUGUGGUCGCAAUGGAGCGAUUGCUCGAAGACUUGCGGCGGUGGCCAAAUGUAUCGAAAGCGGGAGCUUUUGAAGCCAAACACGAAGGGCGGCUACUGCCAUCACGCUGUUUUGCAGCAAGCAGAACCGUGCGGGAUGGACCCUUGCAGAGCCGUUGGACCAGCCGAUUGUAAGUUCGAGCAUUGGGGCACAUGGUCAAAUUGUGAUGUUGCUUGCGGAAGAGGGAGCAGGGAACGCUACAGAAAGAUCGCUGUGUUUGCGAUGGACAGUGGCCGCGGUUGCGAAGGAGCUACACAAGAGCUUUCAUCCUGCCAGUUACAGGAUUGCGAGGUGGUCGACUGCCAAUGGAGUGAGUGGUAUGAGUGGUCUGUGUGCUCGGCUUCGUGUGACGGAGGAACCAAGCGUCGAAACCGGAAUGUCGCCGUCGCACCCCAAAAUGGUGGCAGUCUUUGCGUCCCCUACGACAAAAGCGAGAUGGCGCCCUGCAAUACCAUGUCCUGCGACGAAGCUUGCUUGAAUGGCGAAUGGGCCAGCUGGAGCCCUUGGACCACAUGUUCCGCGACUUGUGACGUAGCCUACAAAUCGCGAAGGAGAGAUGUGGCUGUUCAGCCAAGCCGCUGCGGCAAACCUGCAGUUGGCCUCCGAGAGGAUUACAAGGUCUGUGCGAAUCUGCAGCCUUGCAACCUCAAUCAAGAUUGCCAGCUGGGGGCAUGGAAUGUGUGGUCAGAGUGCAGCUGCAGCUGUUUCGGCAUUCGUGAGAGAAACAGAGUUAUUGAACGGUUUGCGUCUGGUGACGGAUUGUCAUGCAAUGGCACGGUGAAGGAGAUCGUGCCUUGCAACCCAGGUCUUGGGGAGGAUCGAGAUCCACACUGUGGCAACUCAAAGCGAGUGCAAAAUUGCGUGAUAGCAGAGUGGGAUGAUUGGACAGUCUGCAGUGCAACAUGUGGAGGAGGACAAAAAGAACGGUCCAGACGAAUUCUACAAGAAUCCGCCAAUGGGGGAGAGCCUUGUAGCGACUUUCUGGCUGAAAUAGAGUCCUGUGGUGAGGAACAUUGCCCUGAAUCUGGCUGUCAUGACUGUCUCUGGAGUGAAUGGACGCACUGGGGCAGCUGCUCCAAGUGUGGAGGGCAAAGGUUUCGGUACCGCAACAUUCUGCAAAUGCCAAACUACUGCGGCAAGCGAUGUGAACCAACGGACGCAAAAGAAGCCGGACCUUGCGAAAGCAAAUGCGAUGAAGAGGUCUACUGCAGUUGGACGGAAUGGUCUAAGUCAGAAUCUUGCAACAAAUGUGGGGUUGCGAGCUCCACCAGAAACAGAGCACUGGGUCUCAUGCCUUACGCAUCCGGAUCUCUUUUCCUUGCAGUAGACCAAUCAGCAUGUGCUGGAACGCAGCUGAAUGUCACAGAGUGUCCUGACAUUGAAGAGUGUGAGCCGUGCAUUCCCGAGGAUUGCACCUUCUCAGAUUGGAGCGAUUGGCAAGAUCCGACCUGCUUGGGGCUUUGCGAGCGCCAUCGUAUCAUCAACAAACACAACAAUGAUUGCGGCACCGGCUGUGAAGGUCCAAUACUGGACACGAAGGUUUGUCCAGCUACUUGCCAAAAAAACGCAGGACUGCGAAGUCAGUGA